AUGCAAGUAGAGGCGCAAGCGCUGGUCGUGAAUGCGCAGUCCAUUGCGCAGUACGUGCAACAGCCGUCCGAUGAGCCAAUGGACGACGCGGCAGUCGUGCGCCCGCAGUUUCCAGCCCUGAGCGCGCAGCAGUCGACGGGGGGCAAGAACGACUUCCGUCGGGUGCGUGUGCCUGCGCACCGGUACACGCCGCUCAAGACCGAUUGGGUCAACCUCAUGAAGCCCAUUGUCGAGCACUUGAAGCUGCAGAUCCGCAUGAACACCAAAACGCGGUGCAUUGAGCUCAAGAAUUCGCCCCAGACGACCGACGCUGGUGCGCUCCAGAAAGCAGCGGACUUUGUGCAGGCGUACACGAUGGGCUUUGAAGUGCAGGACGCUGUGGCGCUGUUGCGACUCGACGAUUUGUUUAUCGAUACGUUUGAAGUGCACGACGUCAAGAUGCUCAAGGGCGACCACUUGAGUCGGGCCAUUGGCCGCGUUGCAGGACAAGACGGCAAGACCAAGUACGCGGUCGAGAACGCGACCCGCACGCGGAUCGUUCUGGCCGACCAGAAGGUCCACAUUCUCGGCUCGUUUGCCAACAUUAAACUCGCUCGCGACGCCAUUUGCUCGCUCAUUAUGGGCGCCCCGCCGGGCAAAGUGUACAAUAAGAUGCGCAACGUGGCGAGUCGACUGAACGAACGGUUUUAG